AAUUUACCGAAAAAUUGUUUACAAAUGAAAGUUAAAAAUGGAACAAAAAUGCGCAACAUUUUACAGUAUGCAUUAAAACAUUUUUCAAAUCAUUGUUCAAUUGUAUGGAGUGCCGUAGCCGAAGGAAUCACCAAAGUAAUAUCAUGUGCGGAAUUCUUCAAAAGACAUCAUCCAGGUCUAAAUCAAGCGAUAAAACUUCGUUAUAUUAAAUCACAAAGAAAUAAUAUUCAAACAAAUCAAUCAACUAUAUCAUAUAUGCCUGAAAUACACAUUAUUUUAUCAAAGAAUCCAAUAUGUAUUGACAAUAAAGCACUGGAGAAAAGUAAUAUAUACUGAUGAAUACAAA